UUUGAAUAUUAUGACAGCCCUGGUCUAAGUUGGCCUCCUCUUUUCCGUUGUCGGCUUGUUAACGACGUUGGCAGAACCUUUUUUGGAAAAAGUUGUUGAAAUUCUGCAUUCGUUUUAACAAAAAACACUUGCACAAUGAUUCGAGCAGCAUUGUUGGCCAAAAACCAUUUGAAACGCAACCCCUUUGUGUCAGGAUGCCCGGUCCACUUCUGGGCUGGCUCUUCCACUUUAAAGGUGCGUAAUGGCAACAAGUCGGUGAUAGUGCUCAAUGCCUAUCGCGUAUACUCUGCGGGAGGAAUAGAUGAUAGCAAGCCGACCAAUUUCAUGUCUGCCGGGCCGAUUGGUAUCAAGGAUCAGGGUCAUACACAGAAGGCUGCCACCACCACCACGGAGGUGAGUGCUCCUCCCACUUUUAUGGGCAAGCUGGAAAAUAUUCAGCCCCUGGAGACCUGCGUGAACUUCAAGGGAAAGAGCAACGAGGCCGCUGACCCAGAGGAACAGAAAAAACCCACCGAUAAUCGAAAGAAGGCCAAGGAGGCCCAAGAGGCGGCUGCCAAGAAGCUGCAGGAUAUCGUGGCCAAUUUGCCCAGCAAGCAGCAGACGGAGAAGUACUUUUUCCGCGUGGUUGCCUUCUCCUAUGACCUGAUCUACCUAACUGGCACCUGGGUGCUGCACUUCAUCGAUCAGAAUAUCGUUCAGAACGACAAGGUGCAGCAUUAUUGGAAGCGGUUCCACGAGAAAAUGGAGCAGGCCAAGAAGGAUUAACUCGCAGCAGAGUGUAUUUAAUGUUUGAACGCAUGCAAAACGUAAACAGAAUAAAAAGAAAACAUGCUGACAACUA